AUGUCGUACAAUAAUAGAAAAACUACAACAACUACAACAACAGCUAAUUUAAAUAAUAGUAUAUCAAGCGAUGGCUCAGCAACUGCAAACGCUCAAAAUUUAGAAAAGAUAUUAGAGAAAAUAAAAGAAUGUAAUUAUACACUUGUAAAUUCAAUUACAGCCACCGAAGCAAUUCAAAAAGAAAAGGAUGCUUUAAAAGAGCAAUUAGAAAAAUAUGGUAAAAUUAAAGAUGAAAAGAGAAUAAAGAAGUUACAAUAUAACAUUUCUUUACAAACAGAAACUUUAAUGAAAGCUUUAUUCGAAUUGGAUAGUUUAACAAUUCAAGGCCAUAUUAAACAUUCUCACAAAAUCAAAAAGGAAAGAAAAAAAGAAAAGAAGCAACAAAGACAAUUUGAAGAGGACGAUGACGAUUUAUUUGAUGACUCUGGUAGAAGUAGAUCAGGAUCAAAUUCGACUUCAAAUACAAGCUCAAGUAAUUUUUCUGAAAGUGAAAGUGAUUCAGGUAGCAGUGGUUCAAGUUCAUCAGAGACUGAUUCAGAUGAAUAUUUACCUAAAUUUGGUCCACACAAACUUAGAAAAUAUAGAAAGCAAAUUGUUAACAGGGUCAUGAGAUUAAUCGAAUAUUUAGAUACUCUUUCUACAGAAACCAAAGAAAUCAAGUCUAAAAAUGACCAAGUAGCUUCAAAAGAUCAACAAACACCCGAUAUUAAUGAUACUGAAAAACCAAGAUUAAAUGCACAAAGUAAAUCUUAUCAGCCACAGAGUUUUUACCAACAUAAACAUCAAAAAAAAGAUGAUGUACCAAUGAGCCAAAACAAACCAACUAUUGGUAGUAAUAGAAGCAAUAGUUAUAAUAAUCUUCAUAGUCAACAACAACAGCCACAACAACCUUACCGUCAUUAUAAUAACAAUCACUCACGUCAACCAAGUUUCGAAUUCGAUAGCCCAUUUGAAUUUAAAGAUUUCCAAAUACCAGACGAUAACCUCCAUCCAUUUGGGGAAGAAGAAGAAAACAACUUUGAUAUGGAUAACUUUGAAUCACCAUCAAGUACAUUAAAUAGAUAUAGAUCAAAUAGCAAUAGAGAAGGAUACAACAAUAGAUUAUUUAGAUGGUAA